UCGUGUAUUUUACGAUCUUAUCCUAAUGUGUGAUUCAAACUGAUGUGUGUGUGUGACCAGAUGUUAAGCCCUUUGCUAACAUGUUUAUCUGAGUUUAUACUGCAGUAAUAAUCUCUACAAGAGAAGAGAUGCUUCGUUAGUUCAUAUAUACUGUUCGUGAUAUCACAUAGGAGCGUGAUUGUCUCACAAUAUUAAGCUAUUGCUGGAAUCCUUAUGUUAUUUAGUUUAAAAGUUCAAAGCGUGGUACACUGAGCUACCGGCUACUCUUUAAGCCGGCAGGACCGACCACAUCGCGGCAGAAGUGAGCAAGACCGAUCCGUACGGACCUACCAAAGACCUAUCAUUAAACUCUAAAUUAAGCAUUCGAUUAGUGAGCACGUCUUCAUGCUGGAGCGACCUAGUAACUUCGGAUCCGACGAGGAACGGACCAGGCAGUACAACUUAACAUUAUAAAUAGAACCGAUGCCCCACGUUCGCAAGGAGCUUUUACAGAAUUCAGUUGGGUGUAGGCCGUCGGGGGUGCCGCACGUGCCAAUCGUUCCGCCGCUAGAUCGGACCGCGCGUAAUCUUGUUUCAAAAAUAAAUCGUUGCCGAUUUAAAACCAGAGCACCAUGAAGGUUAAUGACAAAGAAAGACGCAUGCAUUAGAUUCUGUGCCUGUAACGUUGAAGACAGAAUGGAUUUUGUGUUACGAAUACGCGCUUCCGAUAACGUUUGAAGAUGGCGUUACUCUUACCGGCGUAGCAAUACGUUAUAAGAGAAAUAUAUUUAUGACUCAAACGCAUCUUCAAUCGAUAGCCCCAAGCAAUGAGACAAAAACAGCAUUGUGACAUUGAUACUGAUCUGGUGCUCCGGUUUCAAAUCGACGCAACAUUGAACUGAAAUGCAAAAAAAAAAACAAACAAUUAGCCUGAAACGUUAAAUUUAUUUAUAAAACCGGUCAAGUUUACAACAAUCUGGUCGAACGAGACUCAGAUCGUCGACUGAAUGGUGAAUGAAAUAAACAAAGAAAUGAAACGCAGAAAAUAUGAGCCAAGCGUGUGCGCUGUUAAAAUUCAUAAAAAUACCAAAAAAACUAAACUAAUCUGAGGAGUGAACGCGGGAAGUGCCGUGCUGUGCCUUAACUAUAAUCAUUUACAUUGUAUGGUGCUCGAGAAACAAUAAAAAUAAUGUUAGUAAUACAAAUGGGACGAACGGACUAUAGUGUCAAGUUAAAAUGUUAGACGUAUUCCGCGGUUUGAAGAAUCUAAUUAAGGUGAACUAUGUGCAUAUCGACUCGCCUGUAUUCCGGUUGCAUUACUCGAUCACGGUCAUCCUGCUGAUAUCGUUCAGUCUCAUUGUGACCACGCGCCAGUACGUCGGGAACCCCAUAGACUGUAUCCACACCAAGGACAUCCCAGAGGACGUUCUGAACACGUACUGCUGGAUACAUUCGACAUACACCCUCAAGAGCUACUUCGAGAAGACGGUGGGCGUCGAGGUGCCGUACCCUGGGAUAGGGAACAGCAGGGAGAAGGGCAAGGAAGAUAUGAGCGACAGGAAAGUCUACAAGUACUACCAAUGGGUCUGCUUCUGUCUUUUUUUUCAGGCAAUGCUGUUCUACGCCCCGCGGUGGCUGUGGAAAUCUUGGGAGGGCGGCAAGAUCCGCGCCCUCAUGAUGGACCUAGACGUCGCAGUCUGCACGGAGAUAGAGAAGAAGACAAAAAAGAAACUAAUCCUGGACUAUCUGUGGGAAAACCUGAGGUACCACAACUGGUGGGCCUACAGGUACUACCUGUGCGAAGCGCUUGCCCUUGUCAAUGUUAUAGGGCAAAUGUUCUUGAUGAACAGGUUCUUCGACGGAGAGUUUAUGACCUUCGGGCUGAAGGUGAUCAAGUACAUGGAGUCCGACCAGGAGAUACGAAUCGACCCCAUGAUAUACAUAUUUCCAAGGAUGGUGAAGUGUACGCUUUUCAACAAAUUCGGUUCAUCCGGCGAGGUGGAGCGGCACGACGCGCUCUGCAUCUUGCCCCUGAACGUAGUCAACGAGAAGAUCUACAUCUUCCUCUGGUUCUGGUUCGUCAUCCUCGGCUUCCUUACUUUCAUCACGCUCAUCUACAGGAUCAUCAUCAUCUUCUCGCCGCGCAUGCGCGUCUACAUGAUGCGAAUGAGGUUCCGACUCGUGAGGCGGGACAAUAUCGACACCAUAGUGAGGAGAAGCAAGAUGGGAGACUGGUAUCUGCUCUACAUACUAGGAGAGAACCUCGACUCGAUCAUCUUCAGGGAUAUAAUGCAGGAGUUCGCGAACAAGCUGAACCACAACUACCAGCACCACAUUCACGGCGUCCCGGACGCGUGACCUCCGAUCCCCGGGUGGGUGUUCCAUACGUGACUAACGUCUUUACAGCGCGACAUGGACCCGCCCGUCUGACGCGCCCCGCGCCCUCGCCUGCGAACCAUCAAGCGAUUCUUUACUCGCGUCAAACAGACCCUUGUCGCUCGUUUGCAAGCCCCUGAACAGGCCUAGUCGCCCAGCGAUUAUCCUCGCACGUUCCCUGUGUAUGGACAAUAAUGUGCGCCGGAGAGACUUCAUGUGUCGAUAAAUUGUAAUCAAAAACGCAACAGUGCAAUUCUAAACAUGCAAUAAUAGUUUGUACUUAAUCUUUAAGAACGUGAUCUCAGGACGAAUCCUAUCGAAUGCCUUUAUAUACGACGACGGAUGACCCGUUAGUUGAACUAGUGUUCCUGUUUUUUAGAACUGUACUCAUAGUCUUGUUGCUGAUAGAGCGAUUUAAGUGAGGGCUUUGGUUCCUCUUAAACUAAAGGAGUGAAGGAGAACGCAAGAGUCGCUCGCGACUUGGGAACUUCUACUCGAGAAUACGACAGACCAAAUGUGAAGCAAUAAUUAAUUUAAUAUAAGAAUAUUAGAAUGUUAGUGUUGUAAUUAAUAUUGUCUGGUCUGAGUGGAAAUGAGAAGUGUCGAUCGGUCCGACUCUAAAGAUUAAUAGUGGUCCGUCAUUAGGGCAAAAGACAUUUUAAAAUAAUAACCGCGAUGUGGAAGACCACUUUGACCAAAGUUUGUACUUUAAUGGGAAGUACCAAUGAAUCGUAUUGCACUGCCAUUUGUAAAUCAACUCCAUAAUUGUACUAUCAACGUUCGUUUCUGAUUAAGCUGUUAGAGAGAUUGCUGUAUUUAAACACGUAUUGAGAUUAACCCUUUGACUGAUAUAUAGGUCAUCGGUGCCCUACGUGGUGGACUGAAGUAAUUAUGUCUGUUACUAAGGCCCCAAAAUAUCUAGUAGACCUUGGGAAAAACGAACCUUUUUUUUUGUUGCUUAGAUGGGUGAACGAGCUCACAGCCCACCUGCUGUUAAGUGGUUACUGGAGCCCAUAGACAUCUGCAUGCAGAUGCGCCACCCACCUUGAGAUAUAAGUUCUAAGUUCUCAAUAUAAUUACAACGGCUGUCCUACCCUUCAAACCGAAACGCAUUACUGCUUCACGGCAGAACUAGCUAGGGUGGUGGUACCUACACGUGCGGACUCAUAAGAGAUCCUACCACCAGUAAUUACGCAAAUUAUAAUUUUGCGGGUUUUGAUUUUUAUUACACGAUGUCAUCAUCGUCAAAGUCAAUCGUGAACAUUUGUUGAGUACGUAUUUCAUUAGAAAAAUUGGUACCCGCCUGCGGGAUUCGAACACCGGUGCAUCGCUAGAUACGAAUGCACCGGACGUCUUAUCCCUUAGGCCACGACGUUCUUCAGACUUGAAGAUACUGAGAAUGAAUCUGUUUCUAAGAGACCUUAAAUACUAUAAUGGAUCCAUUAAAAACAAAAGAAGACAAAGUUAGGCAGUCCAGGCGCUUAGUAACGCGGAUGCAUCAGUGACCUACAUGGGAGUCAAAGGGUUAAAUCUACUCUACGAUCUAUGAUUUCUUUUAAAUGAUAUCUUUCUGAUUGUUCUUGUAUAUAUAUGUAUAUCGAUGUCAAUGGAGCAGCUGAGAUGUUUGUUCCUUUUGAAAAUUAAUUACAAAUUGUUCGUGAAAUAUAUAUGUGUCAGACGUUUUCAAAGAUCACGUUUAUUUUUGUUUAUACGUGUCGGCACCCCUUGCGAUCGAUUCUUCGAUGCGAAUUAUGUAUUCGGCAAACGAAAAAAGUUAUAUUCCAAGAUAUUUAAAAAUUACUUCUAAAUAUAUUUAUGUUUGUAAAUAAUUUAGUCAAUUUAUUUAAUGUAAGGAAACGUAAAAUGAAAUUCGACAAUUAUUUAUUUAUUUUAAUUGAAAUUCCAAGACCGUAAUCUGUAUAUUAUUUUGAUUCCUUUCUCCGUGAAAUUCGGUCAGGCGAAACCUUCCGUGGCUUUCGAGAAACAAUUUUCAUCCCGCGUUCCAAUAAAUAGUUAUCUAAAAGAGCCUUACUGGAGAAGAUUCGACACGGGAAACAUUUUCCAUGCGCAAAAAUUAUCUCUUUUUUUUCUUACGAGUUUAUCAAUUAACCUCAACCUUAUAUCUCGGGUUCGUGUUACGUCGGUUUUCCCGUUAAUCAGAUCGAGCAUCUCUUUCUAAAUCAUCGUGUUAGAAAGAAACGGGUAGUUUCGCCAGACGUACAAAUUUACAAUCGAACCCGAAAUUCAGUAAACCAAACAAGAAAUACGUAAAACACAACUUGGUGGUAUAAUCUUGUUUAUUUUUCAUAAGUACCAUUUAAGCAUUACAACUUUUACACAAUAUGUUGGAUCAUGACAAAGUUUCAUAAUUACGUUUUUCUUUUCAAGCGCUCUGUAUGUAUAAGCGUAUUAAUUAAUUAAGCCAAAAUUUGUGCCAAAAAUGAUCAAUCGGUGGAAACGGCAAAAUAAAAUAAAAGUUACCAACAACGAGAUAGAAUAAAGCAAUGAAAAUGAA